AGUGAAAAGACAACUUUUCAAUGACAGUAACUGUUGUCGCGGAUUCUGUCCACUGGAGGACGCUACAUUUGAUUUCUGAAUGUAAAACAAAUGAUGCAAACCGUCUGUCGAAAUAUCUGAAAAUGGCGAAUGUUGCAAAUUGUCGGUCAUCAGCUUCAGAUAAAAAAAAAGUUUUGCGGGGAUCUUUGUCUCUGUGUGUGUGUGUGUCUGUGUGUGUACUCUACUGUAACCAAGUCCGACCCCAAAGAACAUUUGUAGUGUUUUGUCCUAGUCGAGUUGCCGUCGCCCUCGCAGCUGCAGAGCCCCUCUUUGCACGCGAGCAUCAUGCAAUCCUUCUUCUUCGAAUGAGCGCUGAUCGUAGCGAAGCGUCGACGCGGACUGCGCGCGCCCGCGUCCACUCCACUGGACGAACACGGCAUCGGUUCCAUCUUUGCAGUUGCGAGCAAGUCGACUCGGCGCCGGUUGACGCUUCCCCAGCUAGCUUAGCUUGCUAGCCGCUAACAAGGCGAAGCUUUUCGAUCAUCGUGUUCAAAUGUGUGCAAAACGUGUGAAAGAAGAAGAGCACGCGGAGGGAGGGACGGAGGAGUUUGGUUGCGAACUGCGACCUCAACGUGACGACUGCGACGCGGCAGGUUCUUGGCUUCUGACGUCAUCGCCUAAACCAAACGUCAGCGGAGAUCUUCAUCCUGAGAUGCAGGCGCCAGAAAAGGCUCACAUUAAAGAGGAGGAGGAGCCAGAUUUAGCUGACAUGAGAAAGGAAGGAGAGCCAGAAGAGCUCGCACACGUUAAAGAUGAAGAGCAGGAGGAUGAAAUCAGCAAGUUCCCAUUGACUGGUGUCACGUUGAAGAGCGAAGAAGACGACGGAGACCCCAGUGGAGGAUCCCAACCGCACGACCUCUUAGCGCCGCUAUCAGAGAGCGACGACGCAACGUCACACUCUUCCGAUUACGAUGACGAUGAACAUUCUCAAGGUGAUAGGCUGACUCGCCAAACUGACAUCAAAUGUUCUGACUGCGGCAAAACGUUUUGCAGAAAGUCAUUGUUGAAAAAACACACAAGAACACACACUAAGCCUUUUGUCUGCUUAGUUUGUGGCCAGCGAUUCUCGAGACAGGCGACUUUAACAAUGCACACGAGAACACACACGGGAGAAAAACCUUUCGCCUGCUCAGUUUGCGCGAAAAGAUUCUCUCGAAAGGGGAGUUUAAAAAGACACACAACAACACACAGCGGAGAAAAACCUUUUGCGUGCUCAGUUUGCGAUAAAAGAUUCUCUAGAAAGGGACAUUUAAUCGAUCACACAAAAAGACACACGGGAGAAAAACCUUUUGCCUGCUCACUUUGCGGCGAAAGAUUCAUGCAAAGUGGCGAUUUGAAAAUGCACACAAGAACACACGCUGGCGAGAAACCAUUUAGUCAGCGUGUGUGAUCAGAUUGCAUUUUGACUCCCGUGUGCUGGAAAACAACGUCAAGUACAUUGAGUUGCCUUGUGUACGAACGCCGCAAUCCUAAAUAAAGCUGCAGAAUAAACGGGAGAAACUGA